AUGCAAGGUGUCCCCCGAGUAGGCACGCUCGUCGUAUUCUGCACUGUCUUUCUAUCGGCGGCCUGCUGGGGCGACGCUCAGACGCUUCCAUCCGGGCUAAUCAAUGUCCCGAGCGUCGAGUAUUCCUCAAUUGGCGACCGUCAGUCGAUUGGGACGGAUACGACACUGAAUGUGCUCGAUGGCGGAACAGUUGGGCAUUCCUUCACCGCAGGGACGUUUGACGGGAAAAGUGCGGACGUUUUGAUAAACGUGAGCGGCGGCGACGUUGGUCUGGCGCUGAAGCUCUACGCCGGCACCUCGAUGAGCAUCAGCAGUGGAAGCGUAGGUGUUGUCGAAGGAGCUCUAGUCGGCACCCUCACGGCCUACAGCGGCAGCAACAUUGACAUCUCUGGCGGCACAAUCGGGGAUGGGUUCGUCGCCAACGCAGGCAGCAACGUCCGAUUCGCUGGCGGCACUGUCUUCAGCGGAACUCUCGCAGACGGUUCCACGUUCGCCUUCCUCGGCGGAGCACAAUACGGCGAUACGCUGCAAGCCGUUACGUUGACGGUGGCAACGCUUCCGCCAGUGGACCUCCGCCCGAGGAUAGUCGACUGGAAAGUAACCGAGGGCCAAUCGGGAUUGCGUGAAGGACAGGAGCUAACACUGCUCGCCGGCGGGGAGCUGCGGAAUAACUUCACGGCACUCGACGCCACACUGAACAUCAACGGCGGCGCCGUAGGUCGCAAUCUCGAAUCGGUGGGCAGUCUUGUCAACGUCUCAGGAGGUCUCGUCGGCGACUUCUCAUAUGCCUACGCCGGGAGCAAGGUAAACCUCACCGGUGGUCACGUGGGAGGCCGCUUCGAAGCCUUCGAGAGCGUCGUGAACGUCGCCGGAGGAUCGAUCGGAAACAACUUCAUCGCCCAUCCAGGCAGCGUCGUGAAUGUGACUGGGGGACGCGUCGGAAGCAUGGUGGCGUCGGCCGACACGGUGACGCAUAUCUCCGGCGGCCGCGUAGGAACCGGUAACAACUUGAACUUCAGCUUACUGGCCGAGUCGGGAAGCGAAGUACAAAUCACUGGAGGGGGCCUGGGUCCAGGUUUUGCAGCACGUGCCGGCAGCACGGUUGAGUUGGUCGGCGGCGAGUUCCAGUUGAACGGCGCCGCCUUUAUCGGGAGUCAGAUCACGCUUGGUGCGGGGGAUAUCUUUACAGGCACGCUUGGCGACGGCUCGUCAUUCGUUUUUUCUCCGCUGACCGGUGAUGAUCUGCACGGCGUAACGCUCACACAGGCUGCGUUGCCGGAAAUCGACCUUUCGCCCAGCGUGGUCGAUAGUCGGCAGACCGACCUACCUUCCGGCCUACGCACGGGUCAGGCCCUGACAGUCGUAGCUGGCGGUGUGCUGCCAGAGAACUUCGCGGUAGUCAACGCGACACUCAACGUCGCGGGCGGAGUCGUUGGCGGAGGUGUUAAGAUCAGCAACGGCACGGUCAAUCUCACCGGAGGCAUCCUGGGUGGCCGCAGCAGCAUUAGCUCAUUGGCCGUUAACAGCUUUAGCAGUGGCGUGGACAUCAUCGACAGCGUUGUCAACAUGUCCGGCGGGUUCCUUGGGGAGCGGUCGAGCGUUCGCCGCGGAAGCGUCCUCUCCGUGACAGGUGGCAGCAUUGGCACAAAAUUCAACGCCUUCGAAGGCAGCCAAGUAACGUUGGCUGGAGGGUCGGUGGGUCCCGAUUUCCAGACCAUGGAAGGAAGUUAUGUCGAGCUCCUUGGCGCCAACUUCCAACUCAACGGGCAGGACUAUCUCGGUAGCGAAAUCACGCUGGACGAUCAAGGGGGAGUGUUGGAUGUAUUCUCCGGGAUUCUUAGCGACGGCUCCCCGUUCAUCUUCAGCCCAGAAGCGAACCCCCUGGGCGACAUGCUCCGAGCGGUGAAGGUAACCCGUACUCCCUUGCCGGCUGCGGAUCUCACUCCAAGGGUGCUCGCUGCGCCGCUGCAGGACGAACCAAACGGGCUCCGUCCCGGUCAGACCAUGACCAUCGUCGAGGGCGGAGAGUUGCCGGACAACUUCACCGCCAUCGGCGCAACGCUGAACGUGACGGGUGGCCGAGUUGGGAGUUUUGCAGAAGUCCUCGACAGCACCGUCCGCAUCUCCGGUGGAGAGGUAGACAACUGGUUCCAGGCUCACAACAGCGAAGUAGAGAUCAUAGGGGGAAAGGUUGGCGCGCAGUUUUCCGCGUUCCCGGGCACAAGGGUCACCAUCGACGGCGCGUCGGUCGGCGGACUGCGCGUUUACAAGAAUGCGUCCGCCGAGAUUACGGGAGGCGCCGAGAUAGAAUCCUCCGUGCAGGUGCUAAGUGGCGAACUAACACUCAUUGAUGGUCACAUACGCGGUGGCCUAUCUGGCGCGGGCAAGUUGUCGAUCCUUGGCGGCACAAUCGAGCAGACCUUAAAGAUUAACAGCGGCGAGGCCGAUAUUUUUGGAGGGUCAUUCGAAGGUCUUUUCUUCGUGAACAACGCCAUUGUGACCAUAAAGGACGGGAGAUUUGAUGGAAGGCUCCUCACCUCCUCCCUGAGCCGUAUCGAUAUCGAAAACGGCGCAUUCAGUCGCGAUAUCUGGAAUCGCAAAGGCACGAUCAACAUUGCCGGUGGAGUGUUUGCGGAUGACAUUGUAAACGGAGACGGCGGCUCGAAUGUCCAGGCUGGAACGAUAAGCAUCGCCGAAGGAAUGUUCCUAGGCGACUUUGUCAACUCAUCAGGAACUGCAACCAUCACCGGCGGCGAGUUUGCUGGCGAUGUCUUGAACGGCAGUGUUUACUCGCGUGAAGUAAGCACGCUGAACAUCUACGGAGGGAGUUUCGACGGCGAAUUCACAGCACUGAAAGGUAGUGUCGUGAACAUCUUUGGCAGUGCUUUCUAUCUUGAUGGCAUGCUACUGACGGGACUGACGCCAUACAAUGCCUUCGUAGUGCAUGAACGCGAGCAAACUCUGUCGGGCACGCUCGCCGACGGUUCGCCAUUCUCGUUCGACCUCAAUUCAACCGGUGGUCCAGGGCUGGAUUUAUUCUCGGUUGACGCACGACUGACCCUGACGCUCGUUCCGGAGCCGUCGAUCGUAUCGCUCGCGGCGUUUGCAGGGUGCUUACUCCUGCUCAGCUCUGAGAGAGCACGGGGGCAACGACUUACUGCGUACGGUAAUGACACGUGA